AGAGAGAGAGAGAGAGAGAGAGAGAGAGAGAGAGAGAGAGAGACCCUUGUAUUGAAUUGAAAGAGGCAGAGGCAGAAAUAUAGGAACAGCAGCAGCAAUAACAGAAGCAGCAGAGGAGGAUCGAGGCAGAUUUCUAGACCACCAUUAUGGAUUGAGACGAAGAGGGAACCCUGCCACCAUGACCAAGCCAGCUGGAGUCAUCACUUGGACGUCAUCGUUGAGAGAGGAGAAGGAGCACACACGAGGACUGCAGCACUCCCAAUCCCACAUCUCCCAAUCCUAACCCUCGGGAGCUAAUCCAGAUUUGGGAAUGUCGCGUAUGGAUUGCUGAGUGGACAAAACCGCACCGCCAGAAUCUGCACACUCUUCUCAGAAUUCUGAUCAUCUUCAUGGUUUUGUUUUUGGACGAUCCACCACGACCUCAAACCACCCCAGCAACUCGUUUGUCUUCUUUUAGCCCCAGUUUAGAGACUGAUUGUAGGCUUCCGGGCGUCGGGGUAACCUGGUAGUUUGGCCCUCACACAGGUCCAGCCUUCUCCUGACAGGGCCUGGAUUUACUGCUGCAGUCCUGGGAGUCAGGUUUCAUGCAACCAUUCCAAUGGUGUAACGGAUGCCUGUGGUUUAGGUCUCCAGCACUUUGAGAAGUACUGUGGACAUAGCAAGAUGGAUACCACUUACCACCUGCCACUCAAUGUCUACGUGAUAGUGCUGGGCAUCGGCCUGUUCGUCUUCAUGCUCAGCCUCAUCUUCUGCUGCUACCUCUUCAGGUUGAAACAGCAAGGGACGAGGGAGCAGUUCAGCUACAACGAGGUGGUUCUUAAAGGGGCAGGCAAGAAGCUGAGCCUUCUAGGACAAACGUGUGCAGUAUGUUUGGAAGAGUUUCGGACCAGAGAUGAGCUAGCCGUGUGUCCGUGUUCGCACGCAUUUCACAAGAAGUGCCUGCUGAAGUGGCUGGAGAUCCGUAGCGUGUGCCCCAUGUGUAAUAAACCCAUCCUCAGGCUCCACCCAGAGCCCACACAGGGAACUGAGGGGCCCCAGGACCCAGAGGAGGUGUGAAGGACCCUCAGGGGCCACCACGACCGCCAUACGCACCUGUACGCAUUUACAUGGAAUUGAUGGUCAUUUUAUGGACAUCACACAGAGUCGAUUGUAUUCUUAAAGUGGCUUCCAUGGUGUUAGUCUUUGACUGAGCAUUAAUCAAUAUGGCUGGGGUUUGGGUACUGUAUAUGGAUGUUGAUUACACCCCGUCCAGGCCUUUCAGAUCGUCAAGAAAGUCAACGAUGACCAAGGGGGCAGGGCGCAAGUGUGUUUCAGGAUCAGGCCCUACUAGUUUAGCAAUGGAACCUAAAAACAAAAUGAUAACUCUAACCUUCAGGGAUGUGGUGUUUGGAAUGUGGCCAUACUAGCAUGCCAAUGGGGAAAGGAUAGGGUAGGGGUCAGGUGCAGCAGGUCAGUUUGGGAUUGGGCCCUCCUAGCUUAGCAGUGGAGCUUCAUAAAGCUGCAGUCUAGCCUCCCCCUUUAGAUCAGGGAGAAUGAGUAAAGGCUAUACGGACACUCCUGACCCAAAUAUUCAUUUUUCAGCAGCGUACUAAUAGUAUCUCCAGUGAGAAUGAGAGGAAAGUGACAUAGGAACGGGAGCCACUUUAGAA